CACCACUACUGCCUGCCCGCCUUAUUUCUACUUUCAAAGAACACUACAAUGGCACCUAAGCCCGCCUCCACUGCUUCUAAAGCCCCUGCCUCUACCGCUGCGAAGGCACCAGCGAAGACUGAGGGUGUAAAAGCUGCCAAGAAGACAUCCUCCAAGCCUGCUGUUGAGGGUGAGAAGAAGAAGCGCCGAAAGGCGCGCAAGGAGACUUACAGCUCUUAUAUCUACAAGGUGCUCAAGCAGGUGCACCCUGACACUGGUAUCUCAAACAAGGCGAUGGCCAUCCUCAACUCGUUCGUGAACGAUAUCUUCGAGCGUAUCGCAACGGAGGCGUCCAAGCUUGCGUCGUACUCAAAGAAGUCUACGAUCUCAUCUCGAGAAAUUCAAACGUCCGUCCGCCUCAUCCUGCCCGGUGAGCUAGCAAAGCACGCCAUCUCAGAGGGCACGAAGUCUGUCACGAAAUUCUCGUCAUCGCAGAAGUAGAUCAUGUUUUCUAUGUGUACAUUUAGUCCAUGUCUGUACUAUUACAGUGGUUUUAAUAUGAUUAGCGUACGGUAUCCGGAGUA